AGCAUAAUAUUUUUAAACGUAACCGUGAAGAACAAUCGAAAUGUAAUUUUACACACAUAACUUAUUGACAAGGAGUUUCAUAAUCACAAAGCGGAACAAACACUCGCGUAUGUGUAAAUACUUUACAAGGAGAAUGGUUUGUUUUUCAGUAUGGGUCGGACCGCAGCUGGGGCAGGAGGAGGGCAGGGCGGGAUCAAGCAGCCUGCCGCCGUUAACGGAAGCUCAGCCAUUCGACUCAGAUACCUUUUCCUCACCGCCACCGUCUUCGGAGGAAGCUAUGUCCUUAUAUCUCUCACUACUUACACUAACACCGUAUACGUCAGCAACGAGGCUCAAUUCGGCUACUCGAGGGACUUACAUUAUCAAAAAGAACAAAGUGAGAGAUACACGAUAAGAACUAAAGGCUGCAGUAUACCAGGCCUCGACCCCUACGAUGAACAUAUCAAAGAAUUUGUAAAAUUCCCCCGGAAUAUGAAGUCAUGUCCUAACGUCAAUAAAACUUUGUUACAAAAUAACAGGACGCAUAUUUGGGUGUUGGAAGAAAAUAAGGCACAUUACAAUAUUACUGAAGAUCAAGAUUUCUCUUGUUGCUACAAAGCAUUUCAUCGGCCUGCGACUAUACAAGAUAUCGACGGUACAGAAAUAGACGAUCGUGUCAAGUAUCAAGAUUGUAUUCAUUUUGACGACUUCAUAAAAGUGACUGACGAAUUUGUGCGAGUUUUGUGUUAUUCCGAUGGGUUGGAAAGCUAUCAACAAUUUUUUUUAUUUGCACCACACAAAGAAUUUAUGUCACACGGUAACAAAGAAAUAACGGGUUACAAGCGAGCAUAUAAUGUAAUAGUCAUGGGCAUAGAUGCAGUUUCGAGGAUGAACUUUCACAGGACGAUGCCUAAAACAUUACAGUUUUUGAAGAGCAAAGAAACUGUUGAGUUGAUUGGAUAUAACAAAGUUGGCGAUAAUACGUUUCCAAAUCUAAUACCUCUGCUUCUCGGAAUCAAAGAAAGUGAAUUGAAAACAACGUGUCUGCCUUAUGAUCAACUGACAUUUGACAACUGCCCGUUUGUGUGGGAGUGGUUCAAGCAGGCGGGGUACUACACGGCGCUCGGCGAGGACUCCUCGCUGUUGGGCAGCUUCAAUUACUUGAGGGUAGGCUUCAGCAAAACUCCCACGGAUUAUUAUCUCCAUACCUUUAUAAAUGAAGCCGAAACAAAAUCUGGAAAAGUCAAAGAUUUUAAUUCGUACCUUUGCAUGGAUGCAAAGUAUUUUUUUCAAGUUUUGUUAGACUACAUAGAGGAUUUAACGAUAACUCUAAGAUCAUCGAAAUUAUUUGGAUUUUUCUGGGAAAUAACUAUGAGCCAUGAUUAUCUUAAUUAUCCAAUGAUAAUGGACUCCAGUUAUGAAUUAUUUUUUAAGAAACUGGAAAGAUCCAACUAUUUAGAUGAUACAAUUGUUGUACUUUUAAGUGAUCAUGGAAUGAGAUGGGGCGAUAUCAGGUCGACAAAGCAAGGACGAUUAGAGGAAAGAUUGCCAUUUGUAAACAUUUUGUUGCCACCAUCAUUUCGAGAAACAUACGUUUCGGCGUUUAACAACCUGCGAAUAAAUAGUCGACGACUGACCACACCGUUUGACUUACACGAAACAUUAAACGAUCUCGUAAAUUUAGAAUACAUUGAAGAUGAUAAAAUAAGAUCUCGAAGUAACGAAUUCUAUGCUUUUAAGAGAGGUAUUAGUUUAUUUUUACCGAUACCGGAUAACAGAACUUGUGAAAUGGCAAGUAUCGACGAUCAUUGGUGUACAUGUCAUAAGGGUAAAAAGUUAUCCAAGGACAGCAGCGAAGCAAUUGAAGCAGCAACUCAUUUAGUGCGUCAGUUGAAUUAUCUUCUAAAAGAUCAUAUUCAAUGUGCUAAACUAGUUCUCUCACAGUUAAUCGAUGUUACGGAAAUGGAAGUAGGAACUCCAAGUGUUGAUGAAGUAGGUUGGCGAGAAUUUAUGGUGACAGUUCAGACCACUCCCGGUAAUGGAAUAUUUGAAGCGACACUCCGACAAAGUAAAGUCGAAUGGACACUCGCCGGUACUAUCAGCAGACUAAAUCUUUACGGUGAUCAAAGUAUAUGCAUACAUAACUAUCAACUCAAAUUAUAUUGCUAUUGUCAAUAAUGGAACCCGUUUAUACGAAUAACUUUGUACGUGAACAGAUUUCAUUUUAAAUAUCGUAUGAAAUCUAAUCCUUGUAAGAAGAGAAAAAUUUCCGGAAACUGAG